AUGAGACACACGUACUUGAAAUGUUGCAAUACAGAGUUCUUCAUCUAUAUUGCAGCAGUUGUGUUUCUAGUCUUGUGUGCUGGUCUCAUGUCUGGCCUCACGUUAGGCCUCAUGUCUAUGAGUGUCAUUGAUCUUGAAGUUCUUGCAAAAUCUGGAACGCCCAAAGACCGUCUCCAUGCUUCAAAGAUCUUGACCAUUGUGAAGCAACAACAUCUAUUGCUAUGUACGCUUCUGAUUAGCAACGCUGCUGCUAUGGAGGCACUUCCUGUUUUUCUAGAUGAAUUAGUACCAGAUUGGGGAGCAAUACUUCUUUCAGUAACAUUGAUACUUCUCUUUGGUGAGAUUAUACCACAAUCUCUCUGUACAAGGUAUGGGUUAGCCAUUGGUGCUACUGUUGCUCCACUUGUUCGAGUUCUUAUUUGGUUUUGGUUUCCAAUAGCCUAUCCAAUAAGUAAGAUCUUAGACUACCUUUUUAUGUCUUUGAGCAGGGUUUUGAUAAAUUUGAUCUUGGAGAAAUCUUUCAUCUUCUUACAUGUGAAGAAUUUGGUGACGAUUAGUCCAAGUGAUAAUGUGCCUGUUAAGAAUUUAACAGUACGGCGUAUCCCAAGAGUUUCUGCAACAAUGCCAUUAUAUGACAUACUAAAUGAAUUCCAGAAAGGUCUCAGCCGCAUGGAUGCUGUUGUGAAAAGGCCAGAUGGCACAAUCGAGAAAGGAAGUGCCAAUCUAUCCACCGGUGUAAGAGAAGUGAGAUUGAACAUUCCCGGAGAAAUGUUUUAUCAAAGGAAAAGUUUGAGGGCCAGACGAUCAUUGAGGAAGUCAAAGAGAUUCAGUUCAAGUAUUUCACGAAGGGAAUUGUCAAAAAGCAGAAGGCGGUUAGAGGAAGUUCACCCUGAGAUCCUGCCAAUUAAGGAAAAAUCACUUUUGGCUCUUUCAUCUGAACAAGUAAUUGGGGUCAUUACCAUGGAAGAUGUCAUUGAGGAGCUUCUAAAAGUCAAGAAAUGUUUCCUCCUGUAA